GUAAUGGCAUGAAGCAUUAAGAGCAGCAACAGCAGAUCCAUCCCACACACACACACACACACACAGAUAGACAGACAGUGAGCCAGACUGAAGUUUGGCAUCUGCGCUGUGAGAGAGAGACAGAGACAUAUAGAGAUCCAGGAGGAGGAGGAGGAGGGGGAGAAGGGGGUCCUGCAGCGCCAGUUGAAGUGCUUUACGCACGGACGCGCCGCGGCUGUCGGACAUGGGAGCGGAUUUAUGAGGAGCUUUUAUCCUGGAGCUUGGAUGUCUGCUUUUUUUGCUCCUGUGCUGAAGUGAGCCAUGUUUCCUCCCUGUGCGCUGUGCUGCCUGGCUCUCCUGCUCCUCUCUGCGCCUCUGCCGGGGACCAACUCACAGCAAGUGUGCACAGGUACUGAAAACAAACUGAGUACCUUAUCGGACCUAGAGCAGCAGUACCGGACCCUACGCAAGUACUAUGAGAACUGCGAGGUGGUGAUGGGCAACCUGGAGAUCACCAGCAUUGACCGGAGCCGGGAUCUGUCAUUUCUCAGGUCCAUCCGGGAGGUGACGGGUUACGUGCUGGUGGCUCUGAAUCAGUUCGAUUAUCUGCCACUUGAGAAUCUGCGCAUCAUUCGAGGUACGCGGCUCUACGAGGACCGCUACGCCCUCGCCAUCUUCCUCAACUACCGCAAAGACGGGCAUUUCGGACUGCGCCAGCUCGGCCUCAAGAACCUCACAGAAAUCCUGCACGGAGGCGUGUACGUGGACCAGAACAAGUUGCUCUGCCAUGCCGACACCAUCCACUGGCAGGAUAUCGUGAAGAACGCCCGUCCUGAUUACUUGGUGGUGCCAUCCAACAGCAGCAACACUUGUCAGAGGUGCCAUCGUGCCUGCAAUGGUCGCUGCUGGGGUCCUAAAGAGAGCCAGUGUCAGAGCUUGACUAAGACGGUAUGCGCUGAACAAUGUGAUGGUCGUUGUUUCGGUCCAUACGUCAGUGACUGCUGCCAUAGGGAGUGUGCAGGAGGCUGUUCGGGUCCCAAAGACACAGACUGCUUUGCAUGCACUAACUUUAACGACAGCGGGGCGUGUGUGACGCAGUGUCCUCAGCCCUUUGUCUACAACCCUACCACCUUCCAACUGGAGCACAACCCUCGCGCCAAAUACACAUACGGAGCCUUCUGCGUCAAGAAGUGCCCACAUAACUUUGUGGUGGAUCACAGCUCGUGCGUCCGUGCGUGUCCCAGCAACAAGAUGGAAGUGGAAGAGAACAAGAUAAAAAUGUGUAUUCCCUGCACUGACAUAUGCCCCAAAGCAUGUGAUGGAAUCGGCACUGCGAGUCUUCAGACGGCUCAGACUGUCGACUCCAGCAACAUUGACCGAUUUAUUAACUGCACUAAGAUCAAUGGCAACCUGGUGUUCCUCAUCACGGGAAUCAAAGGUGAUGUGUACCACAACAUUGAAGCUUUGGACCCAGAGAAACUCAACGUGUUCCGCACCGUCCGAGAGAUCACUGGUUUCCUGAACAUUCAGUCGUGGCCGGAAAACAUGACCGAUCUGAGUGUCUUCUCUAAUUUGGCAACCAUCGGAGGCCGGUCGCUCUACAGUGGAAUCUCUCUGUUGGUGCUCAAGCAGCGGUGGAUCUCGUCGCUGCAGCUGCAGUCCCUGCGUGAGAUCAGCGCCGGCAACGUCUACGUCACCAACAACAGCCAGCUGUGCUACUACAACACCAUCAACUGGACCAGCCUGUUCCGCAUCCCCGCGCAAAAAGCCCUGAUCCGCAACAACCGGGACCCGAAAGAGUGCACUAUGGACCGCAUGGUGUGUGACCCGUUGUGUUCAGACGCUGGGUGUUGGGGUCCCGGUCCGGAUCAGUGCCUCUCCUGCCGCUUCUUCAGCAGGGGGCGCAUGUGUGUGAGGUCCUGCAACCUGCACUACGGGGAGGUGCGAGAGUUUGCGAAUGGCUCCGUGUGUGUGGAGUGUGACGCUCAGUGUGAGAGAGCUGAAGAUGAAGCUCUGACCUGCACCGGACCGGGCCCUGAUCAUUGUGUAAAAUGUCUUCACUUUAAAGACGGACCUAACUGUGUGGAAAAAUGCCCCGAUGGACUUCAGGGGGCCAAUAGUUUUAUCUUUAAAUACGCAGAACCCAACAAGGAAUGCCAUCCCUGCCACAUCAACUGCACCCAGGGAUGCACCGGGCCCAGGCUUCAGGACUGCAUCGGCAUGAUUGAUAGGACUCCUCUGAUCGCAGCAGGCGUGAUCGGCGGCUUGUUCGUGGUGGUGAUUGUGGCACUGGGCGUGGCCGUAUCGGUGCGAAGGAAAAGCAUCAAAAAGAAAAGAGCACUCAGGCGCUUCUUGGAGACGGAGCUGGUGGAGCCUCUGACCCCGAGCGGUGCGGCACCUAAUCAGGCCCAGCUCAGAAUACUGAAGGAGACGGAGCUGAAAAGGGUAAAGAUUCUUGGUGCAGGAGCCUUCGGCACGGUCUACAAGGGGAUCUGGGUGCCUGAGGGUGAGACUGUGAAGAUCCCGGUGGCAAUUAAGAUCCUGAACGAGGCCACGGGACCCAAAGCCAACGUGGAGUUCAUGGACGAGGCUCUGAUCAUGGCCAGCAUGGAGCACCCUCACCUGGUGCGUCUGCUCGGGGUGUGUUUGAGUCCCACGAUCCAGCUGGUCACCCAGUUAAUGCCCCACGGCUGCCUGCUGGACUACGUACACGAGCACAAGGACAACAUUGGCUCCCAGCUGCUGCUCAACUGGUGUGUGCAGAUCGCCAAGGGCAUGAUGUAUUUAGAAGAGCGGAGGCUGGUGCAUCGAGACCUGGCAGCCCGGAAUGUGCUGGUCAAAUCCCCCAACCACAUCAAGAUCACAGACUUCGGUUUGGCGAGGCUGCUGGACGCAGAUGAAAAGGAAUACAAUGCGGAUGGAGGGAAGAUGCCUAUUAAAUGGAUGGCCUUGGAGUGUAUCCACUACAGGAAGUUCACUCACCAGAGCGAUGUCUGGAGUUACGGAGUGACUAUUUGGGAGCUGAUGACGUUCGGAGGAAAGCCCUAUGACGGAAUUCCCACACGUGAGAUUCCUGACCUGUUGGAGAAAGGGGAACGCCUGCCUCAGCCUCCCAUCUGCACCAUCGACGUCUACAUGGUCAUGGUGAAAUGCUGGAUGAUCGACGCGGACAGCAGGCCGAAAUUUAAGGAGCUAGCGGCGGAGUUCUGCAGAAUGGCCCGAGACCCCCAGCGCUACCUUGUCAUCCAGGGUGAUGACCGGAUGAAGCUGCCCAGCCCCAAUGACAGUAAGUUUUUCCAAAGCCUGCUGGACGAGGAGGAGCUGGAGGACCUGAUGGAUGCUGAGGAGUACCUGGUGCCUCACACCUUCAACAUCCCCCCUCUCACCUACACCACUCGCUCACGCCUCGAUUCCAACCGAAAUCAGUUUGCCUAUCAGGAUGGCAGUUUUGGUAUGGAGGCGAUGAUGGCCACUAUUCCGCGAGUGGUAGCUGUGUCCUCUGUAUCUCCAUCGUGCUCCGCUCAAGAGCCUCAGCAGGGGGCAACGGGAGUCACAGAAGACCCGCGUUGCAACGGCACCCUGAGAAAACAAGCGUCACCCCGGGUCAGGACCGGAGACGAAAGCAGCGCGCAGCGCUACAGCACCGAGCCCACGCUGCUCCUGAGCGAACGGGCAGCCAGAGCAGAAAAAGACCAAGACGGAUACAUGACUACUAAGAAAGAGAAGAAACCCACAGAUUACCUCAACCCUGUGGAAGAGAACCCAUUUGUGACCCGGCGCAGAAACGGAGAAGUCCAUAACCUAGACCAAGGCCACCAUUCCAGCUCCAAUGGCCAACCCAAGAUGGAGGAUGAAUACGUCAACGAUCCGCUGUAUCUCAACACCUUUCACAACUCUGGAGAGAAGAGUCAGGAGUCCCUGCGGAAAAAUGGCAUCCCUGUGGCUCAUGCAGCGGUGGCAUCGAGCAACCCUGGUACUACCAGUGUCCAAAAUAUUGCCCAGAAAGGUCACCCGUCACACAGCGCCCCUUCAGGGCACGGCCACAUCCCAAUCCCGGCACAGCCCAUUUACUCUACUCAGUCUGGUGUACCCGCCCUCUCGGGACACGCCCUCCAUCCUUCGCUUUCGGGUCACUCCUUCCACGCGUCACAUACCCUCCACCCGGCGCACUCUGGCACCGUUGUAGCGGACAAAAAGCCCAAAAAGACCUUCGACAACCCUGAGUACUGGCAGCACAGUCUUCCGCCGAAGGCGACGCUACAUGGGCCGGAGGUCUUGCAGGACUGCAGCACGCGCUUCUUCUACAGGCAGAACGGCCGCAUCAGGCCCGCUGUAGCCGAGAACCAGGAGUACCUAACGGAGUACGCCCUGAAAACGGGCACCGUGCUCCCGCCACCGCCGUACCGACAGAGAAACACAGUGGUGUAGCAACAAAGAGGCGAAAGAAAGAAUGAGGUUGGGGAGAAAGAGAAGGAGAAUAAGAGGAAGGAGGGGUUAGGCAUUCUCACCCUGGAUCGUACAGCAGUACCGGUUCUCCUCCCUUCUUCUCCUCUCCUCUUCUCUUCUCUACUUUACUCCUGACUGUAUUUCAUGCUUAAUUAGCAUCCAGAUGGUGUUUCUCUAAACAAGACAGAUGAAAGACAACCAUGUCAGUCAACCCUCCUCUUCGUUUCAGCCCUCCACAUCCAACACAUCACAAAUACUUGCCAUGGUGUCAUUGGCAUGUGGACUUCGUAUGCAUCUGAGAUACUUUUCCUCUGCGAUGCUGGAUCUUCUACGUGCAUCAUUCCGGAAUUGGUUUGGAGACAUCAUCGACUUUUUUUUUUUUUUUUUUACAUAAAGGUCUUUGACUACUAACCUACUGCCACACUGUGGACGUUUUUAACCAAGUCAAGACCAAAACCAAGUCUGGCAAUGCGGGCAAUUUUUUGGCACCGCUACUACUACUACUACCACCGUAGUAAUUAUUCCUCUAGUUUGUUAGAUAUCACAAUAAUAUUCCAGAAGCUAAUCUACAGUGACAUCUCUCAUCCUUGUAGUACCAUUAAGUCCCUCUAGUCACUGCCUUUCUUUAGAAAAAUAAUAAUAAUAACGAUAAGAGAAUCACAUCUCCCUGAAGGGUUCAUUUCGGGACCAUCAAGUGCCAGUACAAAAGUGUCCAAAUGUCUCACAUCUAAAAAAAAAAAAAAAAAAAAUGAUGAGUUUAGCAUGGCACUCCAUAGGGCGAAACAUAGAGAGGGAUUUAUGACCACUGCAAAGUCUAUUGUUCAUAACAGAGGAUGUGUUCAAUAGUCUGACGCAACCAUACAACGUGCAUUGAGUUGUUGUUUUUCUUCGCACCAUCACACAGCAACAGUUGUCGCACAGCAAACCACAAAUUGUGAUAAUGGACUUUACACACACACCACACAUAGGGACGACUAUAGCGUAUACAGUAGGCAGCACAAACCGGAUCCAUCUUAAACGCCUGAUAAUAAUGACCAAGGCGUCAUACAGAAUGGGCGAUACAGACCUCCGGGCCAACACUGACCUUUUUUUUUUAAGUCUUGAACAUAGUGUACGAGAUACGAAGAGGGAUCUGAAAGCGUGACAGCACAUCAAACGGGUCGUCGGAGAGUGGCACGCCCGGACUUGCUGCCGAUAAGAAACGCUUGAGCUGGCACGAUUAAUACUGACGCAGAGGAGCGUGAGAUGGAGCGAGUGGCAGGGAAAAGGAAAAAAAAAACAACAACAAAAAAACUAAAAACAUUGUGCCAUGUGGAAGCAAAAAAAACAACAACUAACGUUCAACGUUUGGGGACAACAACAACUUCCAAGGUGUUCUCCCUUUGGACUGUCCAGACAAGAAAACUUUGUACAAGAAAAGGUUGUACUUCCUGCAACUUUCUCGCUUUGUAUUAUAAGAUACAUGUUCCUCAUAAUGUUGGAGAACAAAUUGAAAAAUGUCACACAGCGAGAGAGUGGGCUGAGUGUCCAAGGCCAGGAUUGUGUGUAGUUUUGAGCACUGCCAGGCAUUAUGUUUUGCUGCUAAUGGAGAGACUCCCACUUGUCUCUUACUGUACGUAGGGUUUAAAAGCACUUAACGGUCUGGCACUGUCGAAUCACCUCUCUCUCUUUCCAACCACUGAGACUUGUCUUAUCUGUUCGAGUCUUCUUUUGGCAUACCGGUAGAGGAACGCCAGCCUGCACCUGCGGAUUGGGAUACGGGGGUUCUGUCUGUUUUUAUUUUUAAAUAUUACGGUAUCUCACAAAAGUGAAUAGACCCCUGACAUUUCAGCAACCACUUUAUUAUUUGUUUUCUUAAGAUACAAUACUAUAGAAAUAAAACUGGAUAUACUUUAGAGUAGUCAAUGUGCAGCUUUACAGAUUUGCAGUCCUGCAACAAUACCUUAACUUUAUUGUCUCAAUCAGGGGUCUCCAAAUCCAGUCCUGGAGGGCCAGUGACCAGCACAGUUUGUAAUUCACCAACAUCUAAACAAACCCACUGAACCUAGUUAUAAACAGAUUAGUUAAAUCAGCUGUGUUUGAGAAGAAGAAUCACCAAACUGUGUAGGACACUGGACCUCCAGGACUGGAUUUGGAAACCCCUGGUUUACCUAAGUGACCAUGUCCAAACUGUGUCCAAAGUGUCAAUAUUUUGUUCAUAGUUAUCUAGCACGGCCUCAAUCCUCCUGGCCGUGGAGUUCACCAGAGCUGCACAUGUUGUUGCUGGGAUCCUCUUCCACUCCUCCAUAACGACAUCACGGAUAUCACUUGUUAGAGUCGCUUCACCACUUUCCGCUCGAGGACGACCCACAGGUGCUGAAUAGUGUUCAGAUCUGGAGACAAACUCGGCCACAUGGACAUGAUGAAUAGGUCAUGUGACUUUGCAUCACUUGGGGUGUACGCGAAGACAGUAAAUCUGUACUGAUAUACAAACUGCACAUCGACUCCUCUAAGAUGUAUCCAAGUUUCAUUUCUAUUGUCGUGUCCUCUGAGUUAUGCUAAAACACUUGCGUUAAUUAGAGGGGUGUACGGGUUAAGGCGUAGAAUUUGGUGCUGAUGCUUUGUACCCACACAUUAACCAGUUCAAUGGAGUUCUGUUAACUUUUCUCUACAAGACCAACCUUAAUACACUGGAGGGAUUUCCUAUACACAUCCUGCGGUUGACAUCAGCACUGUACCAGAAGUAUCGCUUGCUUUAGACGAAGCACUUACUGUAUCUCAUGGAAAAAGAAACGCCAAACUGCUUCACCACUCAUCCCAAAGCUAUAUGGAAAUGAGCGUUCAACUAUCGCAUCAUGUCCCUGUUAACAUUAACACGUUCAAGAGAUAUAAACAGUACGAUACUUGAAUCGUUUUUAUUUUAGAUCGUGCCACGCCGAGUCGAGGCCACACGAUUACUCUAGUUAAAGUGCAUAAUUACUGUUAGACCACUAAACUGAGGUGAGAAGAUAAGGAACGUACUGUAAGGGGGACUCCUCAGCUAAAUAAAGACGUCCCUUCUGCACACGUCCUCACGUUAAACGGAGUAAGGUUUUCCAAACAAAUGGGAUUCAAUCAUAUGAGAAAUAAUCGCAUAAAAGAGAGAGCACAGGUUAGCGUUUCCUUUUGAUAUUACACACAAGCAGUAGUUACGGGCAUACAGUAAAUGUCACAAAUAGUCACUUCUUCAAGUCAUAUUUCACAAAAGCAGCAAAAUGUUUCUUAUUACACCUUUCGACGUUUGUAUCGCAUGUAUAGCAGCUAUGGAGGAGGAAGUCCUUGGAGAAAACUCCAAACCUCCAUGUGUAGAGAUGUAGCAAACACUGGGACAGAGCCCUCCUUAAAUAAUAAUAAUAAUAAUAAUAAUAAUCAUAAGCAGCUAAUAAAAUAAUUUCUAGACCAAAACACUGAAGGACAAACAAAUAUCUGUGAUAACUUUAAAGUUCGGAGAAUCACAAUUGAAGGACGUUUGUGUGACGGUGUAGGAAAACCUUUCUUCCUUUCUCUUAUGUGCAUGCAUAUAAAUUAGAAGUUAUA